AUGGAGGAAGGCAAGAAGCCCGCAACCGCGGCUGAGCGCAUGGUAGCAACUGGCUCUGUCCUGGCGCGAGGCAUGGGAGCCAAGGCGGAGGCCCCCAAGGCAAAGGCGAAGCCGGCCGCGGCUAUGCCCACCACCUCGAAGUACGCCGGCUCCGCAGCGAUGACCCAGGCCGCCCCAAGGACGGUGCUGAACAUCGUCAGCGGCAAGCCGGUCGCUGCCGGCGAGGUCGCCAGCAGCGCGUAUACCACGAGCUCCGUUGGCCCUGCCAGGGGCUAUGCCAAGGCUGCCGGCGCCGUUCUGCCCAGCAGCGCCCCAAAGAUCGGGCCACCUGCCGUGGCUGUGGGACGCGCCAUGGCUGAGGGACGCCCUGCCGUGUCUAUGGCUAAUGGCAAGUUGGUCACCACCAUCAGCAAGAAGUACCAGAUCGUGUUCGUGACCAGCGAAGUGGCACCCUUCUCGAAGACUGGAGGCCUGGGUGAGGCGAUGGACGGUCUGCCCAUUGCUCUCGCGGCCCUGGGCCACCGCUGCAUGGUCAUCUCUCCUCGCUACGACCAGUACAAGGAGGCUUGGGACACGGGCUACUGGGGCUCC